UCAAUGGUGGAUUUGAUUGGAUCACGGGCAUACUGCUGCUUUAAGUGCCAGAACCUUGUUGCUUUCCAUGAUGAUAUCGUUUCCAAAGAUUUCCAGGCAAGCAAUGGCAGAGCUUUCCUGUUUUCUCACGCCAUGAACAUUAUUUUGGGACCUAAAGAGGAUAGGCAACUUAUCACUGGUCUUCACACAGUUUCUGAUGUAUAUUGCUGUGACUGUGGAGAGGAACUGGGAUGGAAAUACAUUAAAGCUUAUGAGGAAACACAAAAGUACAAAGAAGGAAAAAGUGUACUAGAGAAGUUCAAGAUAGUCAGGGGAAAUGGGUAG